AUGAAAUAUAGUUUAGUCUAGAUCUAUUCUCCCUCUUAUGCUGGUUCUAUGAAUCAGAUUUCUUCUUUUUUAGGCUUUGACUCUUAAAAUCAAAGAGGUUAUUAUCAAACCCUGGAACCGAUCUUGUUAUGUACAUCUAGGUACAUAACAAUUGGUAUCAGAUUCGUUCGAUCCAUGGGGGAUAUUUGGUAUCUAGUUAGGGAGAAAUUUCAACUCUAUAACCAUUUACUUGAUAUGAAGAGAAGAUAUCAAGAUAUACUUAACGAUGCACCUUCACCCAGUCGAAAUUAUCAUCUUUCACAAACAGAAUAUCUCAUCAACUUCACCAAGCAUAGGUGGGAAUCAAUUUACAUACCACCAUUAGCAGACCAAUUCGUUCAUGGAGUUGCGAAUACAAAAAUGGUAGAAGUGAAGGAGCAAUUUGAUGAUUUAGCGUCAACGAUGCUUACCAAAGAAGUUUUUUAUUCAACAGUGGAGUCAUAUUUUGGUAAGAAAAACUGCAAUCGGGAAGAUCCAGUAGGAGCUUCAAAGAUUACUUCGACGUCAUCGGAUGAAGACGAUCCUACUAAAUCAAUUGGAAUUUGCGACCUAAUUUCUACUUCUGUUGCUCAACCUUUUGAUUCUGAAGACUUCGGCAUUGUUAUAUCGGAAAAAGCAGAUUCAAUUCCUACUUCUGUUCAGCUAGAUUCUUCUUCUCAAGUCCUCAAUAGGGUUGAAUCUCAGAAGGUUAACUCAAAUUUCGCUGGCGCUGUUAAAGAAAAGGAUGGUUCCUUCGAUUGUGUGAAUUUCCCAGUUAUUGAAACUGCAAAAAUAGAUGUUAAGGAAUUCACGUGGAUAAAUCAAAUCAAGAUUGGUGAAGUAAAUUAUCCUUUCCUAGAUUUUCACUUCAACAAAUUUGAGAAGAAUCUCGAAUACUUGAAGGAGUUAUUGUGUAUUUCCUACAACAAAUCAAACUGCGAGGAUUGUUGUUCUAUUCACCUUAAUGUCACUCGUUCGCUAUUUGACCAAGAGAACAAUAAACGUUCGUUGCACUUAUUGGCUAGAGUGGUAAGGUUUAACAACGUACAUAGAGGGUAUGUUCACGUACUUGGCAUGAAGAGAAGAGAAAAAAAUUUCUUACUUCUCACAUGUAAGUUGCUUGAGGUGAUUCAAAUGGGGGUAUAUGCAUGUCAGAAUUCUCCUUCAGGUUGCAGCUAUAUGAUCAAAAUGGCAAUGCUCAGAAGCAUGCCUGACAGUGAUCAUGGUGGUGUUUGUUUCUAUCUCUAUUUUGUUAUUGCAAGAAAAUAUCCUCUAACCUCGCAGCUGGGAAAUGGUUCACGAAAUUCGCUAAAGAUCUAUGUUAUUGCAAGAAAAUAUGCUGGUGAAUCGCAGAUUCUCUCAAAAAGGCUUAACGGUUAGCUUGUGUUUCUUUCUUUUCGUGCCAGCAAACUGUGUUAUGUGUCUUUCCAGCGGGGAAUGGAAUUAUGCUUGCCUCAUCUAGGUUUGUGGUGUAUAGCAAGUGGUGAUGCUUUCACUGGGAUUUUUCCUUGGCUACCAAAAGGACACCACUCUACAGUUUAUUGUAGUAACGAAUAUUGUUCUGGCAGGGAAGAGUUUCUUGUAGAGGGGGUGAAAAUCAAAGAUCUGCUUGUCAUGGUUAAUGGUGGUGUACGUUUUUAUGGAUACUUGAGGUGGAAAUUCAGAUUAUUUCCACCUGGUAUAUGGAGUUUGAGAAGUGUUGCAAUGAAAGUUAAAUUCUCAGUUUUCAACUUGAAUGCAAACUGGACUGCUCAUUCUAAGAGCUUUUGGGUUGUUUAUGUUUACAUAGAAGUUUUAUGGAGCAGUGACGAAGAUUAUAUUCGUGAACAUGGCUUCCCUAAUGCUUCUGAAUGGUUGAGGGUAGUGCAGGUACACAUAGAAAUGAGAAUUCUGCCAUGACUGGUUUUUUGUGCUGCAAUCGACUUUUGUCGCGAGUGUGUCCACCACCAAUGGGUUGUACCCAGUUGGAGUUUUUAAGAGGGGUAAGGAAAUUUGAAGCAAAUGGUGGUCCUAAUCUCCAUUAUGUACUGAUGAGCAUCCCCAGUCAGGUUGGAGCUAUUAACGAGUCUGAAUCAACAUUUCACCUCACUGGAGUUGUGCCUUUCAUGUUUCUCAACGUAUUCCACUUUGUGCUGAGGCUCCAAACUGAAGUUUUAUAAGUGCGCAUGUAUGUAUUGAUCAGUACUGCAGUUGCGGUGCAGCUACAUGAAACUUGCUGCUGUAAUAUUGACGCGAUAAGUAGGAGGAUGUGUGGAAUGCUUAGCAAUUCUGGUGUUGUAGUUAUUGCUGAACACAACGGACGCAGUGCCCAUAUCAUGGUCUUCAGCACUAUUGCUAAGAGUGCAUACCAUGCAGCAAUUGUGCAGGUAAUAAAGUCAUUUGUGUUUUGGUAAAUGGCACAAGAGUAUUCAUUGGUGACAGUUAGUUGUGGUCUUCAAGGGCCGAUAAGCAUAUUCAUUGGUGACAGUUGUUGGGCCUGGGCUUGGAGUGUGUAAGUGUCUCACCAGGUUAUUCAUUAGCAUUAUGACUAUUGGGCUUUUCAUAUGUUUAGAAAGGGCUACCAGCCUACCACGACUAUGUCAUGUACCAGUAUUGGAGGGAGUGCUCGUCUACAGACCACAAUCCUUGCUCCUUCUGCAUUGCUCCUGCAGUUGUCACAAGCGAAUACCUACCUCUCAAAGUUACUUUUCACGACUCUCAUCCUUGAGGACAAGGAUGCUUUCAAGGGGAGUGGAAUGUCAUGUACCGGUAUUGGAGGGGGGGCCCAUAUCAUAGUAGAGUUGGUUAUUAGUUUAGUUGUUAGUAGCACUUAGAUUUUAUCAAUUGUAGGGGUGCCUAAAUAGUUUCCAUUCUCCUAACCUAGCUAUAUAAGGCUAGUGAUUCUGUGAAAGAGAGAUUAUCCAAAAUUAUGAAUUAAUGAAAUAUAAUUUAGUUUAGAUCUCUUCUCCCUGUUAGGAUGGUUCUAUGAAUCAGAUUUCUUCUUUUUUAGGCUUUGAUUCUUAAAAUCAAAGAGGUUAUUAUCAAAACCUGGAACCGAUCUUGUUAUGUACAUCUAGGUACAUAACACGCUUUUGUUUGAAUAUAUUUUAUCGGUGAUUUCCUCCUGUUAA